ACAGCAGAGUGCUCAGUGUCAAUGUCAGUGUGUGUGCAGUGGAAAAAGGGGUUACUGACUUCUGAAGAGUAUCUGGGCUGAUUCUAAAGAACAACAGAGCCACCAGCUUUGUCUUGGUGUGUUGACAACAAUUUAGUAGUAAAAUAAUCUCACUGAGUUAGUUGUAGUUUCAGUGUGUGUGUGUGUGUUUUAGACACCAAUUCUCACCAUGGCUCUGACCAGCUCUUCAUCCAGUCGUUCCUCCUCUUCUUCGUUCCGCUCGUCAGCCUGCUACAGCAGUUCCAGCACCUACCGGUCAGAGGAGUCUGGCGGUGGGGCGGCGGACCCCCUGUUUGAGCCUUUCCUGGAGGCAGCAGGGGUGGGACCCCAAAGCCUGUUUGGAGAGGAGGGGGAUGUGGCCCCCCUGUGUCUGGCCCCCUUCAGCCGACACUGCAAAGACUCUUACGGGCACCCAGGCCCAACAAGUGGCACUGUGACAGGUCGUCCUGCCAGUAUGGGCAUGGUCAGAUCGUUGGGGGAAAGUUAUUACAUGUCAGCUGACGUCAGUCAGUUUGAACCUCAUGACAUAGUGUUGAUGGCCUACAACCACAACAUAGUCAUCCACGCUGAAAAGGUCUUGGAGGAUGGGAGUGUCAGUGAUACUUUUACCCAUAAGACCCUGCUACCGGAGGACAUGGACCCCCUGUCGGUCAGUGGCACACUGACCCCUGAGGGCAUGCUGGUGGUCAGUGUCAUGAGGAUCCCCACUAUGGGGGUUAUGGAGCCUCCUACACCCCCUGCAUACCGCUCUGAGGCACACCUCUGACUUCAGAUGGGUUUUUAUUUUCACCCUCCAGUUUUAUACAUAGCAUUUGACUACAUCACAUCUCUUCUAUCGUUAAAAAAAAUGAUUUGAUUUCAGUUGAUUUUUUAUUUGUUUAUGGGUUAAUGUUGAUUUAAUAAAUGAAUCAAAGAGAA